CUCGAAAGUAGCACCCGACGCGUGUGACUCUACUACCUGGCUCAUCUCCUUGCUCAAGGUUCCGACUCCAGGUUGAAUCGCUGUCUCACAAUGCAAGACUUGCCGCAAUAUACGACAGAGGAGGUUGCUGGUCACAAAACGAGAGGCGACCUGUGGAUUACUAUUCAGGGGAAGGUGUACAAUGUCACCGAAUACGUGAGAGAUCAUCCUGGGGGCGCCGAAGUGUUGAUCGAUGUUGCCGGAACCGACGCGACUGAAGCAUACGAGGAUGUGGGACAUUCCGAGGACGCGGACGACAUACUUCAAACCUACUUGAUCGGCACACUGAAAGACGCACGCGAGCGAAUCCGCCCCCAAUCAGUUCGACUGGUUCAGCCCACAAAUCUAUCGCCACCAAAACCUGCACAUAAGAGAGGCUCCACCAGAUCUGUGGCUCUGGCGACUCUCUCGAUUGGCGGUGCAGCAAUAACCCUGUACUUUGGCCGACACAUUUAUACAACGUUACCCGCGGCAUGGCCCGGAUUUUCAGACUUUCGGAGUCUUUUGCGAUCGAUCCAAUCACCGCAUAAAGUGUCUACAUCCGGGGGAUUCUAUACUGGGUUUGCUGCUGCGACCGGAAUUGCUACCAUUGUCGGCUCUGUCGUCGCCUCCAAGCUGUCUCAGAUGACCCAGAUCCAGUCGGGCUUUACGAAGUAUCCGCCGUAUGUGAAGCGUCGCAAGGUCGUUCGCAGCAACCCCCACCUCGCCAAAGGGUUUCUCGAUCCCAAGGAAUACAAGAGUCUUCCCCUGAUUCGAAAAGAGGCACUGGCACCCAACGUCUAUAAGUUUGUCUUGCAGCUUCCAACCCCACAGGAUGUAAUUGGACUCCCCAUCGGCCAGCAUGUAGCAAUCAAAGCCAACAUCGAUGGAACGACGGUCUCGAGAUCAUACACUCCCACGUCCAACAAUCUGGAUCGAGGAGUCUUGGAGUUGGUGAUUAAGUGCUACCCCGACGGCAUGUUGACUGGAAAGUAUCUCGCAAAUCUGGAGAUCGGCGACGAGAUUCAAUUGCGUGGGCCCAAGGGCGCGAUGAAGUAUACCAAGGGCCUCUGCAAAAAGAUCGGAAUGAUUGCCGGCGGCACUGGCAUCACACCAAUGUACCAGUUGAUCCGAGCCAUUUGCGAGGAUGCCACCGAUCUUACCGAGGUCAGCCUUAUAUAUGCGAACCGAUCAGAGGACGACAUCCUUCUGCGACGCGAAUUAGACACCUUUGCGCAGAAUUAUCCUCGGAAUCUUAAGGUCUGGUAUAUGUUGGAUACGGCGCCAGAGAACUGGACAUUCGGCAGGGGGUAUGUCACACCGGAGAUUAUGAGAGAGAGAUUGCCUGCUCCGUCCUCCGACACGAAAGUCAUGCUCUGCGGCCCACCGGGCAUGGUCAACGCAUCCAAGAAAGCACUGGCAUCCCUCGGAUUUCAGACUCCUGGGGCUGUGGCCAAGAUUUCUGAUGAGAUAUUCUGUUUUUAAAGGCUCGAUGGUGUCGUGGAAAUCCAUUUUCAUUUUUUGAAUGCUUUUAUCAUCAGUAUCUCGCAAGUCUCGUAGCACAUAUCCUCAUUUGAGGAUAUGAAGUUGAUAAACAGAAACGAGAGCGGACAGCAGGUAUCGUAACGACUGUUUUAGAAAAAGAAUAUAUCUUGACAGCCCCGCCCUUAAGAUAGACUUUAGUAGCCAAGGAAUCUUGUUCUUUUUGACUCAGGAUCUAGACGAGAGAGAAAUAAAUUCAAAUAAGAGAAAGUGAUCAUCACGGCUCAGCAAUCAGAGGCUCGAUGUCAACUGUAACUUGC